CAAAGCAACCCCAUUUCUUCAACCUGCUUCAUAAUUUUCUCCAUCCCUUCAUCACCAAACUAACGCAAUUCACUUUUUUUUUUUAAAUAAAUUUUUAAUCUAAUAUUAAUACCCCUCUGGCAUUAUUAUCAUAAUUUGUAUUCCACUUGGCUUUCUCUCUCUCUGUUUUCUUGAUCUUCAUUGUUUUCUGGGUUGGUUAAAAAUAAAAAAGAAAAAGGGAGUGAAAAUGAUGAGCGGGCUUUUCCGAUCCAAAUCUUGUGGGCAGGUCGGACUUACAGAUGGGCCGUUCUUUCACCGGAGAUAUAGCAGCAACGUGGAAGACAAUGGAGGGGAAGAAGAAGAAGAAGAAUUUAACGAGGAAGAUGACGACGAUGAUAUCGAGGGAAGUGAAAUUAUGAAAAAACAGAUUCCGACGCCGUUUAUAAGCCCCGAGUCGAGCUUUGGGGGUGAGGGGCGAAAUGGUAAUUCCAUGUCGAAGUCUAAUCAUUUUACAAUUCUGGAUAUUUUGGUGGGGGGAUUGCGGAAGUCGCUGGUCAUGUGCGGCGUCGAGAGUGGCGAUGUGGUGUCGAGAGUGGCGAUGUGUCGCCGAUGGACAUCAGCUGGCUGAUGGAAGUCAGGCACGUCUCCCACGUCACCUUCGACCAGUUUAAUGGGUUCCUCAGUUUACCCACCGAGUUCGAGUUGGAGGUUCCUCGGAAGGCACCCAGCGCCAGGUCUUCUUCUUCAAUUUCUUUUGGGGUUUAUUUCAAUUUAACAUUUUGUUUGCUAAUUAAUGUGAUUAAUGCUUCUCUUAGUUAUUUAUGGGUAGGAUUAUUAACCAGAUAAAAUUCUCUUAAUUUA